UCGUUGCACCCUUCCUCCUCGUCCGUGGCCGUGCCUUAAUCCCUCGAAUCAGAGCAACUCUCUCCGCCUCCUCCUUUUGCAGAGAGAGUAAACCUCUCUCGAUCCCGUCGGAUGGGGAGGAGGCCAACCGAGGCGGGCGGGCGGCCCUUCUGGAUCCUCGUCGCGGCGGUGCUCGUCUCGUGCCCCCUGGCCUACCUCGCCCUGUCGACGGCCCUCCGCCGGCCGGAAUCCCGAUUCUCGGCGCAUUCGUACGACGGUGCCGGGCAGGAGGGGAGGGGAGCGGCCAGCGGCGACGAGGAUUGCUGCAGGGGGCAGGAGCAUCUGGAGCUCUGGGGGGCCGCCAUCAAGUGGGGCACCGAUCACAAGUUCAACUCGUCCAGGGAGUGCUGCCGAGCUUGCAAGUCCAUGUGUGGCGAGGAUGGGCCGUGCCUCUGUAACUCCUGGGUGUUCUGCGGCGAUAGGGAGCGGUGCGGCGACAGGUUCGGGGAGUGCUGGCUGAAGAAACAGGAAGAUGUCUUGCUUCCUGCAUUACAUGACUCUGGGAAAAAGGUGAUCUGGACUUCUGGUCUUAUUUAUGGAAAAGGAGAGGGCAUUGUUGGUCUGGAAACAGAUUAUGGAGCACUUCGUAUCAAACUUUUCCCUGAUUGUGCACCACACUCUGUUGCCUAUAUUCUUGAGCUAUUGCGAUCACGCCAUUGUGCUGGUUGCCAAAUUUAUCGCGCAGAAGGCCGAGGCUAUUCUUGGGAUACUAAAGGGAACCACAUAUCAGAUGCUUCUUUUGGUCCUCCUUUUGCUUUGAUUCAAGGAACACUAGAAGCUGAAGGAUUUCUAUUCAAGAAGUCACCAUUGGAGGCUUGCCCUGCAUUAACGAGAGGAUCUGUUGCAUGGGUUGACUCUGGCCCUGAUUUCUUAAUCAGCCUGGCAAAUCACAAUGAGUGGAGAAGAGCAUACACAGUCUUUGGUGCCGUUUUGCCCGAAGACAUGGAUAUUGCAGAAAAAAUAGCUGGCCUUGGAACGAAGUCAGAUGUGUGGGACAACAUUAAUGUGUUAGUGUUGGAAAAACCUAUAAAUCUAAAGCUCAAGCGAGUUGCAGAUAUAGGUGCAAGAGAGUCUUAGAUGCACUCUUAGCUGCUAUUUCCCUUGUUAGUAUCAAGACAUAACCCAGACCUAAUACAUUAAGCUCGAUGUUGAUAGCUAAAAAUGUGGUCUCUUGUCGACCAACUUUUAUAGAGUCUGCAUACAGUUAUCUCCCUAAACAUGGUUGCAUCGGAGGAACAUAAUCUCUGUUCUACAUGCUCUGGGAACCAGUGUAUGUUUGUAAAGAAAGAAAUGAGAAAUCAAUAUUUGUCAUCA